CUAUAUAUGUGCCGGCUCUCAGGUGGAUUCUAUCCAGUCGCCCGUGGGCAAGCGAGACGUUAUUUAAGCAACGACACCAACAGCAACUGCCAGGCCUAAGCCAUGACCGCCUUCCGCGGCGUCUGGACGCAAGCCUUCUGGCGCUGCGUGGCCGCCGAGUUCGCGGGCACGGCGCUCUUCCUCAUGCUGGCGCUGGGCUCCGCGAUGCCGUGGCCCGACACGGCCUCGGACCCCCUUCGCACGGCCCUUGCCUUUGGCCUGAGCCUCGCCGCGUCGGCCCACGCGUUCGGCCACGUGAGCGGCGCGCACCUGAACCCUGCGCUCACGGCGGCGAUGGCGUGCAUGAGGAAGAUCACGCUGGCCAAGGCCGUGGUGUACAUGCUCGCGCAGUGCGUCGGGGCCGUCACGGCGGCCGGGCUCGUCUACGCGGUCACCCCACCCGAGGCACGCGGCGAUAUGGCGGUCACGCAGCUGCACAAGUCGCUGUCUGCGGGCCACGGGCUCCUCAUCGAGAUGAUGAUCACCUUCUUCCUGUCCUUCACCGUCUUCUCCACGUGCGACCCCAACCGACCCGAGCCGCGCAUCCCGGGCUCCGUCGCCGUCGGGGUGGCGGUGAUGGCGGGCCACCUGUUUGCGAUCCCGUACACGGGCGCCAGCAUGAACCCUGCGCGCUCGCUGGGACCCGCGAUCGUGUCCGCCAACUGGGACCAUCACUGGCUGUACUGGAUUGGCCCAAUGCUGGGCGCCGUGCUGGCCGGCGCCGCUUACGAGUACCUGCUGUGCCCCGACCCCGAGAUAAAGCGCCGCCUCAAGGAGGCCUUCUCCCGAGCCUCUCCCGCCCGCCAGCACUCGCAGGGCGCCAAGUACGUGGAGAUGGAGGAGGCGGGCGGCGGGCGCGAAGACGGCAACCUGGUGUUCAAGCCCGGCUCGUCGCACCUCGCCGAACGCCCCGAGUCGAAGCCCAACAACAACAACGGCGGCGUCGGUGGCGCCGGCGUCGGUGGCGGCGGCGGCGCCAGCCACAACCACGGCAACGUGGCUGGUGACCUGGGAUCGUCCAGCGCAUGACUACGCGGCCCUGCCGAGCGCGGGUACAGGGCCAUCGUGCAAGAGCUGCAAGCUCGCUUUGCGGCGAUCAGAGAGACCACCGUGUGAGAGGUGGCAUUUGUCACUUUUUUUCCGAGCGGGCGUUCUCGAGACUUCUGAACCUUCCACAAAAAAAAAUGUUAAAAAAAUAUAUAAAAGUGAUUUCUUGCCCAGGACGGCGCUCGUCUGUUUACAGCCCUGAGGCAGUGGUGGAAAUUCCAUAUUCCUAUGGCGGGGGAGGGCGAGUCUACGCAUAGGACGACCACUGUUGACUUCAUCACAAAGUGGUACUGUUUGUAUCCACCGCAGAGGAAUGAUGGGCUGAGUCAACCUCUCCCCCCCCCCCAACCAGGAUUUGAACUCGCAAACUUCCGAUUGCGAGCCGAUCUCACUGCCGCUGUUCUACUUGCCCCAGCUCGCCACACGCAACCUAAACGCCGAUCAUGAUUAUCAAUAACGCUGCGAUAUGGCCAGGCCAAAUUCUAUUUGAAAUUUGUCAUCUUUUUUUUGUUUUUUAAAGCGUAAACCUGCGUCGACUCGUUUACGUGUGAGGAAUGGCCCCGUGGGGGUGGUUGGGUGGGGGCUGGAGGGUUCUGACCCCCCUCCCCUGCUAGAGGCUCAGUAUGGGGGGGGGUGGGCGGUUCUAAACCCCUCCCCCCUGCUGAAGGCUCGGCCAGCCUGCUUCAUGCGUUCAUGGCCGUAGUCGAAGUCAAUAAAUAUUGCCGCGACAAAUACUCUGUACAACGAAGCAAUAGGCAUCACUUCCAUAGUAUACACAGCGGGUGAGAGCCAGAGCGGAAUGCACGAUAGACGUUAGAGUCCAUGCCGUUACUCAUUCAGUCUAGCAUUUAACAUUUGUUUCGUGUUUGUUUGAUCUUUGGGCGCGUCAUGACCCCGUGCAUUUGUUAUCCGCGCUCUCUUUAAACCGGGCCGCACUGCGGCAGCGUUGUUGAGGAGCAUGCGUUAUUUAUUUAUUUCCGUCGUGCAACUACGUAUGUUAAAAAAAGUGCUUUCAGUUGACAUGUGUAACGGGCAGGACACGGUCACUGUGGUGGGCGGCGGUGCAUCGCUUUGUCGGCGAACAAAAAUUGUCUUAUCGUGCGCGCAUCGAGUGGUGGCGUGCGGGAAUCGAUUAUUUACGGAUUACGACGACGACGACGACCACACUAUGCCAAUGUUGCCCGAGAGCUAAAGGGGGCAAACUAAACUGUGCAAACGAUGGAAAGCAAACGACGAGGAGUCCGAACCAAGCCGGAAAAGAACAAUGCCCCCCGAGAGACAGUGAUUGAGUUGAAUCAUGACCCCCAAAUAGUGACGACUCGUGGAGUUGGUAGGUGACGUGGUAGGAGGUCUUGGGUCAGGGUGGCCUGAACCUCAAGCCACCGUGGUCUUUAAAGUCCACUGAGUGUAGCGCUUUGGUAACUUCUCCAAAUCAAUUGCGAGAACGCGGACCAGCAAACCCACUCACCAGACUUGUCAAAUUACGAGAGUGGAGAAGUAGCGUCGCCAGCAUGGGCCCUGGUGCCUGAAACUAAAAUUGGGGGCACCCUAUUCCAACUUCCCCCCCUCCCCCCCAUUCUCCGUCUCUUGGCAUCUGGGCAACCCGUUUUGCCCGUGGGCCUCUGUGCAGUUGCACCGCCUGCUCACACAAUAGCGAGGCCGCUGCGUGACGCGCGUGGCAGAGAGAUGAACAUAACACUUGAACGUUGGUGUCGGCGCACGACCUCAAGGUUUGUGGGAAGGUCGUUUGUGACGUGCCCGACCCGCCAGCGGGUGUUAACGGGGAGCGAUCGUCAUUUCCGUUGCUAAAGUGCCGAGCUCGCACGCUGCCGACGGGAAACUGGCGUCCAACUUGUCGCUGCGUUGCACGACGGUGAGCAAUAGGCAGCCAAGUCGAUCCGUUCGUGUGCACCGCUGCCGUUGAGCAUGCACGUGUCUAUUUUUGUUAAAUAUUCUUUCCUCGGCAGAUUUUUUUUUUUUUACCCAAUGCAAAGGGUGUAGCCUGCUACGCAUACAUGGAAUACAAUGAACGGGUUUAGCGCCAUAUUAUUAGAUAACGCUGUUAUUAACUUGCUAAGUCUUGUUAGAUUUUAGUUUCUACAGCAGGGAGAUACUUUACAUGCACAAUAUAUAUUUGGUCGGGGAUAUCAUGCAUGUAUCUGUCCCGAUCGCCUUCAUCCCCACAUUAUCUACAGUCGUAAGAUUGAUGUCAAACAGAGGCUUUCGAGCUCCCAGCUGUGACUGGUGGGAAUUUACAUCGCGAGCACGUGCAGAUUUUACGAAAUCGCGAUUUGAAGAUUCCCAUUUUGCACCACGGCAAUUGGAAGUCCGAGGUUCUGCCGAGUGAUGGUGGCACGCCGACGUCCAGAAUAAAACGCCUCAUUCGAGACCCAAAUGGUCGCAUCUCCUGACUUUGGCAUCCCUCAGCGACACCGGUGGGGUAACCAUCGACCGCAUCGGAACAUCAGCAGGCCGAUGACGCGCAUCUCCUUCGUUAAUGGAAAAUUAAAGACGCAGGCAAUGGUAAGUGCACGGCCCCUUGAUGAACAAAAGCUUUCGUGACUGCAGGGAUUCAUCUUCUUGGUUCUUUCGGUAAAGUCACGUAGAAGGGAAGUAAUAAAAUAA